CCCAUAUUGAAUCAAAGCUGGUAACAAAAACAGUAAUUUGGUAAAGCUGUAGCACCGAGCCAAAUUUAUAUGGCGGACGGAACAGAACACGUGUGAGAUGACAGAUUUAAGCAAUUGUUGUUCCAUAAAAGGAAAAAUAAAAUGUAUAUUUAAGCCCAAGAUUUUACAAUCAAGUUCUAACAAACGUAAAGGGCAGAGUUUUAAAGUAACAGCAAGUGAAGAAUUAAAUGAAGGUGUUGAAGAGUACAUAAAGAAUGGAACUUCUAGGCUUACAAUGAAGUUAGAUGGCACAUGCUGCAUGAUUCGUGAAUUCAACGGCCGUCCAUGGCUUUGGGCAAGACAUGAUGUUAAGCCCAACAAAAGCACUGAUAAAAAAUUCAAAUCUUAUCUACAUAAUAAAAAUGAACACGAUAUAAAAGGUGAAGAAGAGACAUAUCCAGCGUUUGAAUGGAACAUUGAAACAGAUUUUAAAGAAUUUCCUGACAACUGGAUUUCUGCUUCUGGAGUGGAUAAAGAAAACUUAGUUCCAGAUGAUAUUGGUCAUCUAGUUGGUUGGGUUCCAGUUGAUCCUUCUCUUCGCACCCACUUGUGGCAUUUAAGUGUUGUAGACUUAACGUUAGGCAAAGCUUUGUUUUUGUUCGACUCUGAUGUGGAUGAUGGACAAAUACAGAUGAGUAUUCAAGACCUAAAAAAUCAUUUCAAUCAAACGUUUGAACUUAUUGGAACAAAUGUUAAUGGAAAUCCAUAUGGCCUUGGCAACAAGAAAGAACCUUUCCAUGUAUUAGUCAGACAUGGUGAGAUACCUGUCAAGUCUUUCCCUCCAUUGGAAAAUGGUUGGAAUCACGAGUUGUUACGGGAGUGGUUUUUAACUGAUGAACAAAUGGAGGGUGUUGUUUGGCAUUGUACAGAUGGAAAAAUGUUCAAGCUACACAGACACCAUCUUGAUUUGCCGUGGCCAGUCAAAAAUGUGUUUACGUCAACAAGAAAAGUAGUCAUUGAUACGAGUCAGUACGAAAACAAUGGACCGUAUCAGAAUAAACUAUUCACCAAGCUGAAAAGUUUGUCUGGAAAAACUUUAGAAAAUAUUAGUACUAUUUUUAACGAAGAAAGUCAAUGUGACAACACUUAGUUACCAGAUAAGGCAUACGUAUCUGUGUAUAAAUUCGAAUCGCGUACUUGAUUGCGAUGCGAAAUUUUAUAGUUUUUCUCUGACAAAAUAAUUUAAAACUCUAUUUAAUUACAAUAUGUAAAUUAUACAUGUUUUCUGAUAAAUAAGGAUAGCAUGAAAUAAAAUUGCUUGGAAUGCGAA